AGCCAAGUCAGCGCCUUGCCGCGUAAACACAAACCGUCAAAUACCGUCAACUUGUGUGUUCCCGGUUCCAACGUGCUGUUGAAGCGAGCGCACCUUUACUGCAAAACGUCGCAAAAAAAAAAAAAAAUGGAUUGUUAAAGAAUCCCUGACGCUGUGAGGCAACCUGGCAACGUUCUCCUUCGCCAGUACAAGCGAUCCCCGGCUGUCCCUCUCGCUACAGUGAGAUCAGCAGGAUGGCGAAAGCUGCAACGACGGUGACUAAACUGCGACGCAUCAAAAGGAAGGAUCCAGAUCCUAAUCCCCUCUUCACGAAAUGGCUUCAGGAAUGGAAGGAGGCCGCCGUCGCCAGCAACAGCAAACUCCAGCACGUCUACGGCAAGGCAUUAAAGUCGCUCAGCAAAUACCCCCUGGUACUGAAGACCGGCAAAGAGGCAAAGAUAUUAGAGUACUUUGGCGACAAGCUGUGCAACAUGCUCGACAAAAAGCUGGAAGAGCAUCGACGAGAUAACCCAGACUGGUGCUCGUCCUCCAACUUCGCGGCGCCGACUGUGUUGGACUCAACAGACGAGGACGAAUCACAAGCGUCGGCUAGUCAGGACGAUGCAACAACCUCCAGCGGUGGUGGACGGGCCCCCGCAAGCAAAGCAAAACGAAAGAUAGCAGACGACGCGGGUCCGAUUGCCAAGAAGAGGGGGCCACGGAAGUACAUUCCUCUUCCGCGGAGUGGAGCACAUGCAUUGCUCACAGUUUUGGGUCAGAGGAGACUGCAGCUCAAGGCCACCUGGGUGGGUGCUAGCAGUCACGACUGGAUGAGCAAAUCGGAUCUCAUUGUCGCAGCGCAGCCUCUCUGCGAUGCAUCCUUCACACAGCCCAUUCCAGAUACUUACCACACAGCUUGGAGCAGCAUGGCAACUUUGAUCAAGAAAGGGCUUGUAACGAAGCAAGGUUGCCCGGCCAGGUUCAGCUUAACAGACGAUGGUGAGGAGCUGGCCUGCCGGCUGAUAUCGCCGGGAACGCCGCCCGAAUCGGCCGUCUCGCAGGUCCCAAACGGCGAGGGCAUCUUCACGUCAUCUCUGUCAGAUGAAGAUGCAUCAAACGGGUUUCCAGUCGUGACGUUACCGCCCCCUCCCCCACUGGAUUCCCUGCGCAUCGUGCUGCUCGUCGACUGCAGUGAAACCACUGCUGCUUCGCAGGAGCGCUUCUUGCGGGAGCUGCGGGCGAUGGACAUCCCACACGAAGUGCGGAGGCUCAACGUGGGCGACUUUGUUUGGGUGUGCCGGUCGGAGGGCGGCAUGUACGGACGGCGGGAGUGGGUCCUCGGCCCCCUGGUGGAACGGAAGCGCACCGACGACCUGGCAAAGAGUAUCUUGGAUGGCCGCUUUCACGAACAGAAGGUGCGGCUGGGUGCAUCGGGCAUCAAUCCUGUGGUCUACCUCAUUGAGGAAACAGGCGGAAAGUCCACGUCCUGCAUCUCCGACGCCGCGCUGCAACAGGGCAUUCUAAACACGCAGGUGUCGAACGGCUUCCUGAUCAAGUGGACGCGUGACCCCAGAGACACCGCCUGCUUUCUUGGCAUCACCACGUGCCACCUGCAGGCCAAGAAAGCAGCGGCUAUGUCUUCACCCGAGUUUCUCGAGGGAAAGCCCACCUGGGAGGACUUCAAUGCCGGAGGCGUGAAGAGCCGGGGCCUUCAAGUGCGCGAAAUGCUGGCCCUGAACCUCCUCCAAGUCAAAGGACUGUCACUCGACAAAGUGAUGCCUCUGGUGGAAAAGUACCCAACGCCUUUAAGGUUGUUUGAAGCAUUCGAGAGAGCAACCUCUGACCCUCGCGGGAGGGCAGCGUUCCUGAAGGACUGCGGGAUCACUGGCAAAGCCUUGCACGACAAGUUGUGGGCGCUGUACGGAAGCGCGGAACCAUUGCAAUGAAGAAAGGGAUCGGGCGUCACGAUUAUUCGCUGAAAAGGAAAAUCAUUAAACAGGAGGUUAUAUCUUUAUAUAUAUCACAAGAGUAUCGACGUCUUCUCAUUGUCGCUCCUUCCAUCAUUAGCAGAAACACAUCAACAUCAAAUUGACAAGGGAGCAUGAUUCUCGACUCAAUUCUGGCCUCCGCAUUUUGUCUGUUUGCAGGAGAAAUGGCUGAAAUAAAGGUUUUUGGUUUGCUCAAGAUCGAGUAAAUAAAGAUUGGUUUGAUCAAUGUUUG